CAGAGCGUCCCCCCACAUCCUCUCUUUCGUCUUGCCCUCAUACGCUGAUGUCGUUCAACGCUAUCGGUGUGCUUAGUGCUUAGCUCACUGGGUUGAAUGAGCCGCCUAAUCCAAAUCGAAUACAAAUCGAAAAUAUGGGCCACAGGGACGACCUCAUAGCGGCCAUGGUGGUCUUUCUGAUAGUUGAUAGUAUCGCCAUUGCCGCCCGCCUCUACGUCCGAACGAAGAUGCUCACUCGGGGUUUUGGGCUAGAUGAUGUUGUGCUUAUCAUCACAUAUAUCGGGUUCAUCAUCUCCUGUGCUAUGGGCUUCACAUCUAUGCGAUACGGCUAUGCUGCUCUUGACCAACAACCGUACUACGAUAAGACUAAGGCGACACAGUUCUUGUUCGCGAACCAGUUGACCCUAUACAUCAGUGCUGGUCUAGUAAAACUAGCUGUAGCACUGGUUCUUUACCGUUUGGCAUCGACCAAACAGCUACGCUUAGUGCUGAUAGGGUCUAUGGCUGUCGUAACUAUAUGGACUAUAGUAAUGACGAUAUUUGCGUCGUGGCCUUGCGCUCAGAGUGGUUCUAGUAACUGGGCCGGAAGUAAAGCAUGUACGCAAGUUGGUUAUUUCCGCACCAUCACCAAUAUCUUCAUCGACUACUUCUACGCGCUAUUUCCGAUAUACAUACUCAGAAAGGUUCGCAUGAACAUGAGACUGAAAAUAUCCGUAAUCUUGUUGCUGGGAUUGGGCGCUUUCGCAAGCUCUGCUACUAUCGUCAAAUUAGUCAUUAUAGUUAGGUUAUCAACAGCCAAAGGCGAAGCGGCCCAAGCCUUACACUACGACCUACUCCUAUGGGCUGAUAUCGAGUUAGGGCUAGCCACCUUCGCGGCAUCUGCAGCAGCCUUACGACCAUUAUUGAAACAUAUACCAGAAAUUUGGAGCAAGACUCGAACAUCAAACAGUCAUGGUGCGAGUGAUGCCACCGGACCCUACCGCUCUCUUGGCGCCACUACCGAGAUGCACCCGAUAAGAAAGCACGACAGCAGGGCUGUCCACGGCAACGAUACAGAAGGACAGAUCUACGUUGUAUAGUUUUCAUAUAAUAAACGUUCCAGAUACGUGCCGAUUAUGGUGGUUACCUUCAACAUCAUGUAGAAAUAAGGUUGUACAACUUUCUAGCUACGCCCCUGUCCCUUGAGUUCUCAGUUUGUCUAUACUGAGUAGCUAGACCAUAUUUCGGUACACUAUUCUAAGGAUCAAAUGAGGGCAUUACAGUGACUGGAGUCUCAUUGUUAUCCGACC